AAGAGAUGAGAGAAGGGCUCUGGGGCGGUGAAGGAGCUUUGCUUGAAGUUAACAAAGAUGUAUCGCUCCUCAAUUACUGACUGCGUCUUGUACCGUCCAUAGGACCAGUCUUCUUAAACUAGCUAUGCGGGCUUUCAGGAAUGGUCUGGAGCUUGGAAGGCCAUGGGGUAGGAACCUGGUUUUCAGGGUACCAGUGAGGUACCUUGCAAUUAAAUCUCGAGGCAGUCCGAUCUGCAAAGAAGACCUUUUCAAAUACACGAAUGGUCGAUUCCUCGCCGACGAGGAUGACCAGCGAUCAAAACGCUUCGUUCGAUUUGACGCCGAUCGCUUAUGCGAUGUAAUCGCCGAAAUCUCGGGAACUGGCACACAGCCAGUCUCAACGAUAGAAAAGAUGGAAGGCGGCUUUAGCAAGGUUCUUCUCAUGAAAACAGCGGACGGAUCCGAAUACAUUGUCAAGAUUCCGUGUCCUAAUGCAGGAAGGCCUAUGUACUGCACAGCGUCUGAGGUUGCUGUUCUAGACUUUGUAAGGAAACACACUACAAUUCCUGUCCCCAGGGUGCUUGCAUGGUGCGUCAAUUCAGCCAACCCAGUAGGCGCCGAGUACAUUGUGAUGGAGCGAGUCCCGGGGGUUCAGCUCUUCAAUAAAUGGGAGGAAAUGGGCGAGAGUCGUCGAUUAUCUUUUAUCAAACAGCUCACAAAGUGGAAAAGUGAGCUUUCUGGAAUAUGCUUUCCGGCCUAUGGCAGCCUUUAUACCAAAGGCUCUUUGAAGGAUCACGAAUCGAUAUCGUUGGACCUGUCUAUCGACCCUGGAGGCGUAUUUUGCGUUGGUCCUUCAUGCACUACCUGGUCUACACAGCACGGCUCUCCUGGAAUUCAUCACGGCCCUUGGAUGACGCUUAGCAAUCUGGGCGAGUCUCUCAUCAAUCGCUCCCUUCAAUCUGUACAAAAUCUCAACCCAGAACUACCAGCCUCUAUAAGAGGCACCGCAGAGGAGCACACCUUAGUCCUUAACAUGGCAAAAGAAAUCAUACCAGCUGUGGCAAACAACCCCUAUCUCCUCGGGCCAUCCCAACCCACACUAUGGCACACCGAUCUCCACAUGGGUAACAUCUUCGUCGCCGAAGACGAUCCAUCAAACGUAACCGGUUUCAUCGACUGGCAACACAGUUCCAUCAGUCCCUUAUUCUUGCAAGCCCGAUGGCCCGUCGUUCUGACCCCACCAGGAGAGUACGAAGAGGGUACAGUAAUGCCUCAGCUUCCGCCUAAUUAUGAAGAUAUGGACGACUACGAAAAGGAACUUGCUCGAUACAAUAAAGCAAAGGCCACCUGGUCGAAAGCCUACGAGAUCGCAACAUAUUUGAACAACAGAAAGGCGUGGCAAGGAAUGCAAGUCCCCGAUCCACUCAAGGAAUUAUUCCGUCGCUGUGGUACGACUUGGGAUGAGGGGAUAGUUCCUCUUCGGGAGACGCUUCUUGAGAUCGUUCGCAGUCAAGAUGAUUUGGGGUUUGAAGGAAGUUUACCGAUUCAUUUCACUAAAGAACAGAUCGCACACCACAAAAAGGAGCUCAAGUCAUACAGAGAACUUCACAAGAUACGCGGAUUUGUCAAAGAUAUGCUGGAUACAGAUGACGACGGCUGGGUUCCUCCGGAGCGUGAUCUGGAGGAAGUCAAGGGGAGGAAUAAGAUGUUGUUUGACUACUAUGUUGCCAAGAUGGGCAAAGACAGAGCUCCAGAUGAGAUUCGGAGUAUGUGGCCCUUCCCUUUGGACACGUGAGAACAUCAGUUGAGAUUCGCGUUGGGGGCUGUGAUCAAGUGAUUUAUCUUCC